CAUUUGCAGUUUGUAGUCUAGUUUGCAUUGUGUGGCUACAAUCAGUACACCUCCCCAACAAGCAACAACGCCCGUCACAUUCUUGAACUAUCCAAUUUUCUUCUUUGAUUCCAUUUUUAUUUGCUUCUUCAGACAUGGCCUUAUUACAGCCAUUUUUCUGUGAGAAAUCUCUGCCCAAGAUCCUCAACUUCUCACCUACAUCCACCACUCCAAAAGUAACAAAUCAAUUACCCACAACAUCAAAGGAUUUAGUGUCCCGAUCACUAAAACAUAAUCAUAAAAAGAGUUAUUUUUCAGUGAGGAAGCACUGGAAAAAGUGCCAUGCAGUUGCAGAGGAGAUUGUCGGUGGGCUAUCAUCAUCUGCAUCAUCAGAUGAUGAUCAAGGUGAGGGUGUGAUUUUGAGCCCAUCUAGUCAAGAUGAAGUGGCGGAAUAUGAUUGGACAGAAGAAUGGUACCCUCUUUAUCUCACCAAGAAUAUACCAGAUGAUGCUCCAUUGGGUCUUACUGUGUUUGACAAGCAGGUUGUUCUUUAUCGUGAUGGCAAUGGAGAGAUUCGAUGUUUUGAAGAUCGAUGUGCUCACAGGUUGGCAAAACUUUCUGAAGGUCAAUUGUUUGAUGGGAGACUGGAAUGUCUGUACCAUGGUUGGCAAUAUGAAGGCAGUGGUAAAUGUGUGACAAUCCCUCAGCUCCCGAAAGGUGCAAAAAUUCCACAAUCAGCUUGUUUAAAACCAUAUGAAGUGAGGGAUUCUCAAGGAGUUAUGUGGAUAUGGAUGUCUCACAAGACGCCAUCAAACGCUAAGAAACUACCUUGGUUUGAAAACUUCGCGAGGCCGGGGUUUCGAGAUAUUUCAACAAUCCAUGAACUCCCAUAUGAUCACUCUAUUCUUUUAGAAAACCUCAUGGAUCCUGCACAUGUUCCUAUCUCACACGAUAGAACUGAUUUCACUGCAAAAAGAGAAGAUGCGGCACCACUAUUUUUCGAAGUGACUGAAAGAACAGCUCGAGGCUUUGCAGGUUGGUGGGGUCGAGAAAAAGAUCGGUUGACGCCAAACUACAUACCAAACUUUUUACGUUUUGAAGCGCCAUGUGUACUUCAUAACAGUAGGGAAAUCAUUGACAAGAAUAACAAUAAAGACUACUUUUCUGGUCUGUUCCUUUGUAGGCCGUCCGGCCAAGGAAAAUCCAUGCUUAUUGUGAGGUUCGGGAGUACUAGAAAAACACCAGGGCUGUUGAAAAUCAUUCCACAGUGGUACUUCCAUCAGAAUGCGAGUAAAGUUUUUGAGCAAGAUAUGGGAUUCCUUUCGUCCCAGAAUGAAAUUCUUAUGAAAGAAAAAGUUCCCACAAGAGAACUGUACAUCAAUUUGAAGUCAUCAGACACAUGGGUAGUUGAGUACAGGAAGUGGAUGGACAGAGUCGGGAAUGGAAUGCCUUAUCACAUCGGGCAUAGCACAAUUUCACUACCGAAAGAUCCAGCUGUAGUCGAGCAUGCUCCAGCAGGUUUUGUUGCCAAUCUUUCCGCCUCACAGCCGGCGAAGGGAGGGAUCGGCGAUAUGCAUGCUCCAAAUCUCGCUAACAGAUAUUUUCGACACUUGAUUCAUUGCAAGGAUUGCAGGAAUGCUCUUAAAGCUUUUCGAGCUUGGAAAAAUGCCUUCUCUAUUGUUGCUCUUGUAUCAACAGCAGUGGCUAUUCUAGUAUCAGGACGACAGUGGAAGGCCCUACUCUUGUUCUCUACAACUAUGUGCUUAGCCGGAAUCCACAUUUGUUCGACUGCAAUCGCUAUGAAUACGACAAACUUCAUCAGAACGCACAGAAGAUUGUAAGCAGGGGUUAGCGGUUUGUUCAGUUACUUUUCCAGCAGAUAUAAGUUUAUAAAUAUUUGGCAUUUAAUCUUUCAGUUCUUCUUCUCUACUCGACGGAACAUUAUAUCUGAUUUGUAUUUUUUACACAUGUGGAAUUAUAAAGAUUUGGCUUACAAUUAAUUAUCUUGGUUCUCUCAA